GGCGCGAAAGGGAGGGGGCGCGAUGUCCCUGCGAUACGAGCCUCGACAACGGCCCCUUCCGUCCGCCGCGGGAGCCCCAUUCGCGUCAGUAGACGAGCGACGGCGGGGGGAGGGCCCGUCCCUACCCUCGCAUGCGCUAUGAGCCCAGCGCUUUCCGGAUAGACAGCAACGACGGCGACGCGAUGACAUCAGGGACCAAGUCUGGAGGUGGAAGGCCGAAGGGAAGGAGGGCGAGGGGGAGAGAAGGGAGGGGAAGCGAGGAUGCAGAGAAGGGAGGGAGAGGGGGAGGGGUAAACUCCCUCCUUGCUCGGCGUGUGCGUGACCGAGGCGGGCAAGUACGCUCUUGCGAGGGCUACGACGGUACGUGGAUUAUGCACGGCGCGAUCGUGAACUGACCUUUUCCACGUUUCGAGGCCUUCCCCCACCCUCUCCAUUCGUAAGCGCGCGCGGGGGGCAGCGUUUUGGGAACGGCGAGCUCAGAUGACCCAUGC